UUGUGCUGAAGUCUCAUCCGUCACCAUGAGCAACAGAUUCCUGGGCACCUGGAAACUUGUCUCCAGUGAGCACUUUGAUGAUUAUAUGAAAGCUCUGGGUGUGGGGUUAGCCACCAGAAAACUGGGAAAUUUGGCCAAAUCCAAUGUGAUCAUUAGCAAGAAAGGGGAUUAUAUAACUAUACGAACUGAAAGUACCUUUAAAAAUACAGAGGUCACCUUUAAGCUGGGCCAGGAAUUUGAAGAAACUACAGCAGACAAUAGGAAAACCACGAGCAUUGUGACCUUGGAAAGAGGCUCAUUGAAUCAAGUACAGAAAUGGGAUGGCAAAGAGACCACCAUCAAAAGAAAGUUGGUAGAUGGGAAAAUGGUAGUGGAAUGUAAGAUGAAGGGCGUGAUCUGCACCAGAAUUUAUGAGAAGGCCUGAGAAAAUAAUUUCUGCAUUGAAAUUGUAUUUGAUCAUUUAAUACUGCAAAUCAGUUGCCUCCCUUGGCAAAAUCUACCUGCCCUCCAGUUUUCUUGUGUUUGCCUUUGUCUAGUACUUCAGAUCGGCAAAGACUUCAAUUGAGGAUUAAUCUAAAACUCGAUGUUAUUUAAACAUUUUCAAUUUAUAUUCAUGUCCUUACUAUAUUACAGCAUGUAUUUUAACCAUGCCUAAAUAGUUGAUGUCAUUAAUUAUCUGCAAAAAUCUAACCUAUGCUGUGUCUGAUUACUUGAAAUAAUAGUAAAAGAGGAAUAGAAUAGUAAAAGGAUGGAUGGGUAACCAACACA